CAAUAAAUCCACACUAUCACAGUCUCUUCUCUUCUCCCUAUCACACUACACUACACAUCAUGGCUUUCUCCACUGGAAGCUCUCUCUUCGUCUGCUUCACAACACUUGUUCUUCUCUCCACUCAAAUCAAUGCAAGAGAGAGCUACUUCUUUGGCAAAUUCCACCGAGAAUCCCCCAAAGACCAAAACCCUAACAAUGUCCUCCCUCUCGAGACCAGCGAGAAAACCACAGUAGAAGAAUCUUUCCCCAGCAAGAAAGAGCAAGAACAAGAUCCCACGUUUGUCCCCGAGUCCGAAAACGGCUAUGGCUUGUAUGGUCACGAGACCACCUACAACAACAACAACAAAGAAGAGUUCAACAACAACAACAACAAGUACGAUGAAAAAUUCAACGGUGAGACUUUCUCAACUCCAAGCCUGAGCGAGACCGAAGAGUCUUACAACAACUACGAGGAGAACUACCCGAAGAAGACCGAGAGCUACGACAACAACCGUUACAACAACGAAGAGUUCAACAACAAGUACGAUGAAAACUUCAAGGAAGAGUUCAACAACAACAAGUACGACGAAAACGUCAAGGAAGAGUUCAACAACAACAAGUACGACGAAAACUUCAAGGAAGAGUUCAACAACAACAAGUACGAUGAAAACGUCAAGGAAGAGUUCAACAACAACAAGUACGAUGAAAACGUUAAGGAAGAGUCAUUCUCUGAGAACAAUGAAGACAAGAGAGGUAUCUACAACUCCAACGCUUACGGAACGGAGCAAGAGCGUGAAACGCCGUACAAAGGUUACAGCCAUAACUUGGAGAGACAAGGCAUGAGUGACACAAGGUUCAUGGAGAAAGGUAACUACUACUAUGACCUUUACAACGACAGAAACCACGGCCAUUUCUACCGGAAGCCUCAUCAGAAAAGCCCUGCCGGUUACUAUUCUUCUCAGGAGACUGGGAAUAACUACGACCAGUCGUACAACAACUACAACAACGAGGAGGAGAAGAGCUUCAAGGAUCAGUACAAUUCCAAGUGGGAGAAGAACAUGAUGAACAAACAGCCUGAAGAGUUUGUUGAGGAGCAAGGAGACCAGUUCAAGCCUUGAUGAAGAAUUGAUGUUUGAUUUCCUCUCAAGAUCAUUACACUCUUAAAAAGUAUUUUCUUUUUAUUUCAACUAAGUUAUUUUACUUCUGGUUGAUUAGUCAAACUAAGUCGUUGUUAUCAUUGCAAGUGAAAAAGGGAAAGGGGGGUUUUGUGUUUUUUUUUUCUUUUAGUUGAAAUGGGUUUGCUUUUUAUGGGAUUUUGAACUUUGAUGUUUGCGUUUGCAUAUAAUAUUCGAAGAAAAGAUAGUAAAAUAUAUGGUGCUGCUUUAUGUUA